AUGUCACUUGCGCUCACACCCCAGCAUAAUAGCAUAGUAAACCUGUUCCUCGACGACCCGAUACCAAAGCUGGCGCGGCCCGCCGUCGUCCAUAAUACAAACUGCGGGCCAGCAGAAACGGACACCACCCGGCUCUUGUCUUCCCGCGAACUGAUUCCAGGACACGCCCGGGCGAAGCUGCUCGCGUCCUCUGACCACUGGCGGCCGAUCCCGAACGGAGGCGCCCGAUCAAGCACGCUCCAAGCACCUGCCGAGUCGUAUCGGCCCCGACCAGUGUCGGCCCCCACCCACAUCAACGGCUUUCUCAUCACCACCACGCCCCGCGAGGUGGCCUCCGAUACGAGUCGGGCACGAUGA